UGGGGAAGGAGCGCCGGCGACAGAAGCGCAGCCCUUUGGCCUGGACUCUCUCUGCCGAUACGUAGCGGAGCCACCCCGCGCUAUCGGAUGUUUGCUGCCCUGAGCUCCUUUGGGAGGAAGGAUAGGAUAAAACCUCAAUGCCAAAAAGAGAACCUUACUGUAUUAUAAGCAACUUGCAUCUCCCUCAUAAACACUUUGGUCCUGAUCUAAGGAAAUACAAGUGGCAGAAGGUGCUCCACAUCUGCUUAUAAUAUGGUAGAGAAAAUGGAAGGCAACAGCCAACUUUGCAUUCAGCGUUGGUCUACCAGGCAUGUAGCCAAAUGGCUGAAGGAUGAAGGCUUCUGUGAGUACGUGGACAUUUUGUGUGAGAAACAUAGAUUGGAUGGGAUUACAUUACUGACCCUGACUGAAUAUGACUUGAGGUCUCCUCCUCUGGAAAUCAAGAUUUUAGGUGAUAUCAAAAGGCUGAUGUUGUCAAUACGCAAAUUACAGAAGCAUCACAUUGAAGUUUUGGAAGAGCUUGGUUAUAACAGCGAUAGUCCUGUUGGUUCACUGUCACCUGUGAUUAGCUCUCUGCAAGGAACAGACUGGUUUUGCAAUGGUGAAGUGCAACGGGAUUGUGAUGACUGCGAACCUGUUGCUGACUUGAACAUUGACCAGUAUCAGUAUGCAAAUGGAAAAAAUAAACAUUCUACGCGAAGACUGGACCCAGAGUACUGGAAGACAGCUUUGAGUUGUAUAUACGUUUUUAUUGUGUUUGGCUUCACAUCGUUUGUCAUGGUUAUUGUGCAUGAGCGAGUUCCUGACAUGCAAACAUAUCCACCACUUCCAGACAUAUUCCUAGACAGUGUUCCUAGGAUACCAUGGGCUUUUGCCAUGACUGAAGUAUGUGGGGUAAUUCUCUGCUACAUCUGGCUGCUUGUUCUUCUCCUUCACAAACACAGAUCAAUCCUUUUACGACGGUUAUUCAGUCUUAUGGGUACUGUGUUCUUGUUACGUUGUAUUACAAUGUUUGUGACCUCGUUAUCUGUGCCUGGCCAACAUUUGCAGUGUUCUGGAAAGUUGUAUGGCAAUGUAUGGGCAAAACUUCAACGAGCCUUUGCAAUUUGGAGUGGCUUUGGCAUGACGCUAACAGGAGUACAUACCUGUGGAGACUACAUGUUCAGUGGCCAUACUGUUGUCCUAACUAUGCUGAACUUCUUUGUCACUGAAUAUACACCAAGAAGCUGGAACUUCUUGCACACUUUGUCGUGGGUGCUGAAUCUCUUUGGAAUUUUCUUCAUUUUGGCUGCACAUGAACAUUACUCCAUUGAUGUCUUCAUUGCCUUCUACAUCACUACAAGACUAUUUUUGUACUAUCACACACUGGCUAACACAAGAGCCUAUCAACAGAGUAGGAGGGCCAGGAUCUGGUUCCCCAUGUUCUCUUUUUUUGAAUGCAAUGUAAAUGGUACAGUUCCAAAUGAGUAUUGUUGGCCCUUCUCAAAACCAUCUAUAAUGAAAAGAUUAAUUGGCUAAAGAGUACUGGGUUUAAUUCACAUCUGUGUGAAGUAUUUCUGACUAACUCCUAUGAGUAUGACUGCACACAAAAAGUUUCUUAUUUAUGUUUGGUCAGCAACAAGGCUAAGAGGCACCCAUUGAAAUGCAGCAAAGUUAAGUUACUACCUAUUCCUCAGCCAUCUCUAACUUGUUUGCUUGGAACUUCAGAUUGUCUUUCACUGAAGGAAUGACUUUGGAUCCAGUAACGUCAAAUGCUACCUAGUUAGCGAUUGUGUCUCAAGCGAACACUAAUACGUGUCAUACUUUUAAAAUAACUGUUUGCCUAAUGAGAAGGGGGUGCAUUUGGGGAGGGAAAUCUGGAGCUGAUGAAAAAGAGCCCCAAAUGCCUGAGUAUAAGAAAUGCGUGUCAUAUCUGGCGAAUAUAAACGGGGCAAAGUAACUGCCUCUGGUGCUUGGUUCCAAAAUGACAACUGUGAACAGAGCUUCAUUGACUUGGAGUAAAUGACUUCAUACUGUUGUACCAUCCAGAGCUUUUCCUGGUUUACAUUUCAGUAAUUGGUAAGAAAUAAAUACCUUAUCUUUUGGAUUGAGGUUGACCUAC